UUGACCGGUCCCGGAGCAGUCCAGUCGGCAUCACUGAGCAACUCCGAUUCAGUCGACAUCAGACAAUUGGGAAGGCGACACAGAAACUACGAACUAAAAAAAAUACUGCAUAAUAAUGGUUCUGAAUAUCAAAUCGGUUCUUGUGGUGGACGGAGUUGGAGCCAAUUGCGCGGAGAUCCUCAACUCGCAUGGCAUUAAAGUCACCACUAAAGCUAAAAUCACCAAAGACGAACUACUUAAAGAAAUACCAGUAAGUACAAAUUCUUAAUCAUUAUGUAGAUUUUAAUUUAAUUUUAUCGAAAAAAAACAGUGCUUUCAUUGAUACUCAUCAGGAACUGUAAAAUUCACAACAAUUCAAAACUAUGCGGCCGCCACCGGCACCGGUGACUGACUGAUAUCAGUGAACUAUUUUAAAAUAAAUAACUGAUAGCAAACAUUUGACUCCAGAGAUAACUAUAAUUUCAUAAUUUGUGAGUUUAUUGUUAUUAUUGUUAGAUAACAAAUUGCUUGUGAGAGUAAAAUGGUAUUUUGUUGAAAUAAAAGUACUUACAUCGUGGAUGUGGUUUCUUGCAUUUUCAUGCGUGCUUCGAACCAUGAAGGCCUCGUGGUGAGAUCAGCGACACAGGUGACCAAGGAGGUGCUUGAUGCUGGCAGCAAGCUCAAAGUGGUGGGCCGUGCUGGCGCUGGUGUUGAUAAUAUCGACGUGGCGGCUGCUGGCAGCAAGGGAAUUGGUGUUAUCAAUGCUCCCGGUGCGAAUGCUCUAAGUGCUUGCGAGUUGACAUGCGGUCUUACACUGGCACUGUCGAGGCACAUAGUACCAGCGGCUGCAGCAUUGAGGGCUGGUCGAUGGGACCGCGCGCUCUACACCGGCUCGGAACUCAAUGGAAAGACUUUGGCUAUUCUUGGUCUCGGAAGAGUCGGUCGGGAAGUCGCCGUUAGGAUGCACGCUUUUGGUAUGAAGAUUGUCGGAUUCGAUCCUUUUGUGAGCGCGGAGCAUUGCAAGGAAUUCCACGCAACCAAGAUGGAGCUGAAUGAGAUCUGGCCCAUCGCAGACUACAUUACGCUACACACACCACUCAUUGACUCCACAAGGAAUUUUAUUAACGCGGGCGUGUUGAAGCAAUGCAAGAAGGGUAUUAAAAUCGUAAACGUUGGCCGAGGGGGACUCAUCAACGAAAGAGACUUACUAGAUGCACUUAACGCUGGCCAGGUUGGCGGAGCUGCGCUCGACGUUUUCGAACAAGAACCCCCUACGGACCCCCUCACCCUUGAGGUCAUCCAGCAUCCCGCAGUCAUCGCCACGCCUCAUCUUGGUGCAUCAACCAAAGAAGCUCAGGUGCGAGUAGGAUCAGAAAUAGCUGAGCAGCUAGUCAAUCUGGUUAAACCCGGUACCUACCCUACACCCCUCGCAGAAGUCACCAGGGUUCUGAGCAAGUGAAACACUGAUUCGCAUCGUUUUCAUGAAUCUGCUUUAUAAGAUAGAAAUUUAUUGAUUGGUCCACUAUAUUAAAUAAAUUGAAUGCUUCUCAUAAAACUUUUCAAAGGAAAAAUAAAUUAUGGGAGGGUUUUUGUGAUUUCUUUGUGAUCCAAAGUAGUAUAAUUUAAAUUAAAAAUUACCUUCCUAUUUUGUAAAGAGAUCUUCAGUAUCUUGCUCAGUGAUCUGAAAGAGCCUAACAUAUUGUAUGCAACUUCAAUUACCCAAUGACUGAAUGUGCGAAUUAGCCAAAUGAUCAAUAAAUAUCUACGUAUUUUUUUUCCAUGCUGAGUUCCUUUAUAUUAUUAUAUUACAUUACGUUUUUUUUAAAUAUAAUUAAGCACCGAUAUUUAUGUUCUUUUUUUUAAAUGAC